AUGCGGUUUCUCAAGGUGAGCACUUCGGUUUGUCCACCGGAGGGAAUUAAGGCUGCUGACCGCAAGCACAAUCACGACCUCGUAGUCAUUGUGAAAUCAGCCGUCUACAACUUCGACGACAGACAAAACUUUAGUAGAUUCUACGCCCAUCUGAGAAGGGAGAGCAGCGCUAAACUACCUUAUCGCAUAGGAGUAGUGUUCGUGGUGCGUCUGCCCACAAGUCUAAACGACAAUUCCUUCCAACGUGAAGGUUUUAACAUCUCGCUGCCCGGUCGCGCCGGCAACUCGCUCGUCAACAUUGGAAACCGCCGCGCCCAGAUUCAAAUGCGACUGGAGCAGGAGAUGCGUGAACAGGAUGAUCUCAUCGUGAGCGACUUCGAGGACACCUACUACAAUCUGUCUCUGAAGAUGCAUCACACACUUAAAAUGAGCACUGAACUGGAGGCUAUCAUUCGUAAUCCCCAUCGGUCUAAGUUAUGGCUUGCAGAUGAACACAAAACAGAACCUCUUGUGUGA